CUUGAGUGAGAUGCACUGUCCCAUAUUCAAAUUAUGUACGAUUGAAUUUUCUUACUGGAUCUGCGUAUUGUGAAGAUUUGGAUAUAUUUUACGUGUUGUGAUUGAAUUGAAAGAGCGAAAGGUCAACUUGAGCGAUCAAAAAUAUGAAGCACGAGAUGCGAUAAAUUAAAUCUGACGUGAUACUAUUACGUAAGUUGGGCGAGGAAAGACAGAUAUUGAGCAAUUAGCCUUAUCCAGGACAGAUUCUGAACAAUAUUUGUCAGUUGAUGAGCAUAUUUCUUCAAGGAAGGAACGAACCCAAGUCGUGGAUUAAAUCUGAAUUGAUUUUAUUUGAAUUUGAAUUUAUCCAAUCAAAAAUUUAGCAUAAUGUCAAAAAUUAAGUUAUUUUCGGGUUCCUCGAACGGCGAGUUGGCCCAAUUGAUCGCAUCUCAUCUCGGAAUUCAGUUAGGAAAGACGAAGGCUGCUAAAUUCUCAAAUUUGGAAACAAGUGUCGAAAUUUUGGAGAGCGUUCGAGGCGAUGACGUUUUCAUCAUCCAAAGUGGGUGUGGUGCCGUUAAUGACAACAUUAUGGAGUUGCUGAUUAUGAUCAGUGCCUGCAAAGGGGCAUCUGCUGCCCGUGUUACAGCAGUAAUUCCGUGUUAUCCGUAUGCCCGACAGAAUUCGAAAGAUAAGAGUCGUGCCCCCAUAACAGCCAAACUUGUGGCCAAUAUGCUGGGCGUCGCUGGUGCUGAUCACAUAAUCACCGUAGAUUUACACGCCUCCCAAAUUCAGGGAUUUUUUAACAUCCCAGUCGACAAUUUGUAUGCGGAGCCCGUAAUUUUGAAAUGGAUUAAGGAAAACAUUCCUAAUUGGCAGAAGGCCGUGUUGGUGUCGCCAGACGCUGGAGGAACCAAGAGGGUGACAUCACUGUCAGACGGGUUGGAUCUCGACUUUGCCCUAAUUCAUCAAGAAAAAGGCCAAGGAAACAUUAAGGCGUCCAUCGUCCUCGUCGGAGACGUUGCUGACAAAAUCAGCAUAAUGGUAGACGACAUGGCCGACACGUGUGGAACGAUUUGUCGCGCAGCGGCAAAAUUGCAAGAAGCCGGAUCUUCAAAAAUCUAUGCCAUCCUGACCCACGGAAUUCUAUCGGGGAAGGGAAUUUCAAGAAUUAAUGCGUCCUGCAUUGAAACCGUGGGUGUGACGAAUAGCAUCCCACAAGGCGGACAUAUCCAGGAGUGUGCCAGGGUCAAGUGCAUCGACAUCUCUCUCAUGCUGGCGGAGGCGGUUCGUCGAACGCAUAAUGGAGAAUCAAUCUCACAACUUUUUACAAACGGUGGAUUUUAAAGAAGUAAAAAAAAACAAGGAAACGUUAUUGUGCAAAGUUAAAAAGUGCAAAUUUUAAAAUUACGAAAUUUAUUAGCCCGGAUUGAUCAUGUUGUUAAUAUAGACAAAAUCAGACCUGAACGUAAAUAAAUGUACUUCCAUAUAUGCAUACGCGUACUUAGGAUUGAAUUCGUAUUAGAUAUGUACAUAUGUGCAAAUCACUUAAUUGAUGACGUAAAUAAAUUUUCUUGGAAUUAGAUAAUCACAAAA